AUGACGGAGCAGGGAGUUGAAGUCAAUGCUGUGCCUGGUGUUAUGGCACCAAGUAACGUGUACGUGAUCCAGGCCAGGAAUCCUGUGGCUCCUGGGAGCAAGGGGCAGCCUGUGGGAAUGGCCACUUACUUAACAUCCAGAGUGACCGAGAGUGAUGCAGGAAGAGCGAACUUUCAGACGCCAUGCGUAGUGAUCCGGAAUCCAGCGGAAGUGAACGCCACACAGGGUCCGCCCACGGUGCUUCAGCUUCAGCAUCCGACAGCAGUGGCCAGUAUGCAGACCCCACCUGGGGAGAUCCAGUACUCACUGGGAACCACAGACCUCCAAACCCUGCCUGGAGGCCCUCAGAAUCCGCCCCCAAGUGCCCCUGGGCCGAUGUAUACCUCCAACCAAUUCCAAUGGAACAUGCCUUUUGGAUCAUUUUUUACGUUCGAUCCCAAGAAAUUCAUAAAGGACGAGGUCAGGACACUGGGGGCCAUCCAGAUUCUCAUCGGCCUGACUCACAUCUUCACUGCCAUCAAUCCUUCACUGUAUUGGGAAGGAUCUUAUUCUGCGAUAUCAGGGUACCUGGAAUGGGGAGGAGUAUCCUUUAUCAUCUCUGGCUCGCUCUCAGUGGAGGCUGAAAAGAAAGGCAUUUGUUGCUUGGUGCAUGGCAGCAUCGGCAUGAACGUGGUCAGCGCUAUCAUUUCCCUGGCUGGGAUCUUGCUUCUCAUCUCGGAUCUGUGCUUUACCCAGCCGGUUAAUGUGAAGGCAAUUUCUGGUGGUCUCCUCCCCUUUGCCCUGCUGGAGUUCUGCCUCACCUGUGUGGUCUCACAUUUUGGGUGCCAGGCUACAUGUUGGAACCAGUUUGUGAACAGGACAGAGGUUCCGACCAUAGUCAUUGCCAACCCAGCCAACACUCCCACCGGCCCCUUCAACGUGACUGACAAUACCACUGGCCAGGCCAACGUCAUCACCAGCCCUGCCAACCCCACCUCCCCCACCAACGCUGCAGUGAUGGUGCCCCCUGUACCCUCCUAG